UGUAGGGUACAUUUCGAGGUACAUAAAGCGUACUCUCGGCAAAAUGCCAGCUUUGGAACUUCCCUCUAAAUUUAGAAGUCCUCGCGAUGAAAUCGCAAUUGAAAGGGUCCACACCAAGCAACACCCGAUUCUCUCUCUCUCUCUCUCUCUCUCUCUCUCAAUUGAAUCACACAAUUGAAACAAAUGUUGUUCAUAAACACAAUUAAAAAAAAAAAAAAAAACUUGGUAAACUAUUCAUCUAACACCUUGUUCUUCAAAUUGCCAAAGUUGUUUCCCUUCAUGUUUCUAUGAUUAUUACCUUUGAUGGAUAUGCAACAGCAAUUGAUUCAGCUCCAAGAAGAGGUAAACAAGGCAAAAAGCGAGAAAUCACAAGUUCUUCAAGAACUCGAGGAGAUGAAGUGGCGGAUCUUUUCGGAUAGAAGCACUUCCAACAAUCAAACAAGUAGCGAGACCGCGCAUGACAUGUUGCGGUCCGAAUUGGAGAAAGCCAAGGAAAAUGAGAGAAAAAUGCUCGAGUCCCUCAGGUUGCAAACAAAACAAUUAGAGGAAACCAAGAUCGAGCUCGAAGAGGCCAAGCUCGAACUCCGAUCCCUUCAAGAGAUCACGAGGGCCUUUGAGCCCACAUCGAGCCCGACGGUCAAAAACCUCACGAAGAGCCUAACGAUCGACGUGGUUCGUCGCGAGGACAACGCCAAAAUGCUUCGAACCGAGCUUAAGUUGGCACUAGAAGCCGAGGAGAAGAGCAAGAAAGCCAUGGAUGAUCUCGCAAUAGCUUUAAAAGAAGUUACAACCGAGUUGAAUUGGGUGAAGGAGAUGCUCACGGAAACGCGAAUGGAAUUGGCGAAAACUAGAGAAGAAGAAGAGUGCUUGAAGAAACUAUUGAAGCGAAAGGAGGACGAAUGCGAUAAGUUAAAGUUGGAAGCCGAGGAAUCGUUCAAUCUUUGGAGGGAGAAAGAAAAUGGGUUCAUAAAAUGUAUGAAGAUUUCCGAAGAGGACAUCGAUAACAUGGAGAGAGAGAAUAGUAGGUUGAUAGAUUCACAAAGGGCCGCGAGAGAAGAGAUCUCCAAGCUAAGGGAUAUACUAAAGCAAGCGAUUAACGAGGCCAAUGUUGUUAAAGAAGCUCUAGAGAUCGCGAGGAAUGAGAAUUCUCAACUAAAGGACUUGAUUUCGGAGAAAGAUAAGGCUUUCCAAGGUAUCAAACAAGAGCUCGAAUGCCUUAAAGUUAGCGAAGCCGCCGCUCUCGAUAGUGUAAAAGAGCUUCAAAGCUUACUUGUCGCUACUUCUUCGAUAGAUUUUGGCAAAAACACGGCGGCUUUAGAUAUGGAAACGCCGAGGACACCAAAACCACCGAAAAGUGAGAUGAGAGUUAAGAAGAAGUUGGCGAAAUAUCCUUCAGAGCAAUGGAAAGGUGAAGUGUUUUGUACAAGUCGCGGGCGGCGACAUUCUUUUGGAGACUCGGAGAGAUUCGAGGGUUCGAUAUUUGAUAUGAUCGGAUCUCCAUUGGAAAAGAAGGAUCAAACGCUUGCGCCGGGGGAGAAUAGCAGCGCGAAGUGCGUGAACUUCGCUAACAUUCAUGAACCGGAGCCUGGAUGGGAUAGACUAAAAAAGAAGAGGCAAAUUCUUCGGAAAUUCGGGGACAUGUUGAGGAGGAAAAGCUUCAAAUAGCCUACACAAAGUUCUAUUCCUUUUCCAUUGUUUUGUUCAUUGUUAUUUUUGAAUUGUUAACUAUGCAUUCAAUGAAAAUAAUAAGCAAAAUAAAGAGAUCUAUGUAGAGAACGUUCCAAAGAUUCCGAUUCAUCCUUACAAGUUAUGAAACUCUUUGUAUCUAUCUUCUUCAAAUAAAUUGAUAAAGUUUUGAGUUA